CCCUUCAACUACAUGGAUCUCGGCGCUCAAAACAUUCUCGUCGAUGAUAACUUCAAUGUUCUUGCCAUUGUCGACUGGGAGUACCCACAGACCGCUCCGUGGCAGGUCAACCAUUACCAUAUGCCGUUUCCUUUACUAGGUUGCGACAUCGAGGGCAUUCUCAAGACCCUACCUAGUUAUCUAGCUUACAAAAAUGUAUCACGGCAAGACGCUUCUCGUCGACUCCACCGCAGGGAGUUUUCGGAAGCCGAGAGGAGGAUUGAGGAGCAGUCCCGACCCCUCGUACGGUCCUUUCCAAACGCGUUCGCCGGUCCAGCAUCAAGGAUAUACGCCUGCUUCACUACCCUAAGUCGCCUACCCUAG